CACCGUGGGAUUUGACGCGGUCCUGGUGCAUAGAAUGUAGAGGCCGCUCAAGCCUCCCAUCCUAUUGAAACCGUAAAAUAGACUCUUAUGUAUAAAUACCCCACAAAACCUAACCCAUCGUCUAAGCUUCCCUAUUCGGCCGCUCCAAGCCUCCCACCCGAUCGAAACUGCUGAGAACGGAAAAACCAGGGAAAACCAAUCGAAAGUUGAAUCAACAGAUAAUGUCAGAUACAGAGGAGUACCGCUGCUUUAUUGGGGGCCUGUCAUGGUCCACUACAGAUGGAAAUCUGAAGGAUGCAUUUGAAAAAUUUGGCCACCUUACCGAGGCAAAGGUAGUUGUUGACAAGUUUUCUGGUCGCUCUCGUGGAUUUGGUUUUGUUACUUUUGAUGAGAAAAAUGCGAUGGAAGAUGCCAUUGAAGCAAUGAAUGGAAUCGAUUUGGAUGGACGAUCUAUCACUGUAGAUAGAGCUCAGCCACAAGGAUCUUCUAGGGAUCGUAAUGGCGACCGUGAUUAUGAUCGUUACCGUGGUCGUGGUCGUGAUCGUGGCCGAGACUUUGGUGGAGGACGUGGUUCAAACAGUGGAGAGUGCUUCAAAUGUGGCAAGCCUGGGCAUUUUGCAAGGGAGUGCCCAUCUGGUGAUGGUGCAAGAGGAGAUAGGUAUGGUGGCAGGGAUGAUAGGUAUGGCAGUGGUGGCAGUGGUAAUAGUCGUUAUGGACCUGACCGUAAUGGGGACCGAUAUUCUGGGCGCAACAGGGAUGGGGGAGGCCGUAGCGGGCCAGGAACUGAUCGAUAUAAUCGUGACCGGUCUGGUCCAUAUGAACGUCCCAGUGGAGGGGGCUACAGAUCUUGAGGAAAUGGUGCUUUUUUGCCAGCAUUGUGCUAGUGCAGUACUGCUCCAAAAGAUUUAAGGUGGCACUGGACCUUGUUACUGCCUUUGCUGGAUAUGUUCUCCCUUUCGUGUUUCUACUUUGGAUCUGCUACGCUUGUUAUUUUAUCAUGUUGGGGCUUGGAUAGAUACAAUAGGUUCUGAUAUAAUUGAUGUCUCAGUUCCCUGUCAUGUUAUUUUGAUAUGGUGCCUCAUGCUUGCCUGACAUGCUAGUGGCAUUGGUCUUUUAAACUUUGAAUGCCAUUAUUGCUUUUGGAUUCUCAAUGAUUUUGUGGCAUUUUUUCCUUUGGUUUUGGCUUUCUUGGUAUGUUGCUGAUCAGGAUGCCAGUGGAGGAUUCAAUGGGAUGCUUUCAUUGAGUAGGAUUUUUGGUUAUAACUGCAAUUAAUUUGGAGUGUCUCUUUGUUGAGACUUGAAAAUAACCGGUUAUUCACACUCGAGAACUGCCUGAAAUAAUAGAGUAUCAGCAGUGGUCUCUUGUGCUGUUUUGAUCCCCACCCCCAGAAGAUGGUUUGACCCUACUUGGUGGGAAGAAACCUGGCUAUGGUUUGGCCUUUGUGAGCAUUUUGGAUUGAUGCUUGGGUUACUUGAUGCUAUUCUUGCAUUAUUUGGACAUGGUUUUUUUGCACAUUACUGCUUAAGCUUUUCUGCAGCAGCAGUGAUCUCCUGCAACAUAGACAUGGAUUGAUCUGGUCUGAAACUUUUACCUUUUUGAUCAAAGGAGAUCCCUUCCUGCAUAUGAUGCUGCAACUUUUGUCAAGAUCUUUGACAGACUCAGCAGUCAUCGUAGCUGUGUUACCGUUCUUUAUUUAUGAUUUUGGAUCAGACAAGAUUUUACGAUUAGUAAUCCUACUCAAUGAUCUGGUCAUGUUUCCUGGGUUUCUCAACAGAGGUUCAGUAACCAAGUCAUCCUGUUUGGCCAACUAUGGUUCUUUCAGUUUCGCGGUUUCUUUUUGUAUCUAUUUUCUAUCUCUAGAACUUCAAGCCAAUAAUUUCACUUGGUGAAGGUUGUCGGUCGUUCUUUGGGUCAUUCUGGAAUUUGUCAUUUUGUUCUGUGAAAUAACAUAUUUGCUAGAUAUUGGGAUUUGCAAACACAAGAUGCUCUAUGACAGUCCAUGAGAAUCUGUAACAUAAGAAUUUAUGUUAAUCUGGAUCCAGGAUCCAAAUUGAAGAGGCC